UACUUAAGACACCCAAAACGAAACACUGUUAGCGGAAGUAUACACAUUCAAAUACAUACUGUAGUGUGGAAGUAGUGUUGAAGCACGUGCUUUAAUGAUUUAUUGAAUGCUUUAACUUUGAUUAUUGAUAUUGGCUAAAUAACAACCGAAUAAUAAUACAGCACUUUGAAUACAAAAAUAAAAGCAACAGCAAACACUAAUUUCGUAAAAUGUCAGUGCAGCGCAAUAUACAAAAAACUCGAUGUAUUUCGUCUGCUCCAGCUGAUACAACGCGCAGAAAACAUGUCCAUUUUCGUGAAAUUCAUAGUGAAGAGUCGACACGAAGACACGAAUGCCAAUCAGGCAGCUUACAGCCAUCAAUACGUCAUGAACAACUUGCGCUGGAUGAUUCUGAUGAGAGUUUUUUGCAAACUAAUUCACACACUUUGAGUCAUAGCAGCGCAACCACGUCGAACACCACGCAUUUGGGAGUCGGUGGCAUAAGAAGUAGUCAAAGCUUUUAUCGCUUACCAGAAGAUAUACUCGCACGUGGCGAUUUCAUUGCUUAUCAGGGUGCCAAGGUAACGGAUUUUUUCAAUUCGACGAACACUACAAGGCCGAAACGUGUCUCGGAAAUUUGUUUAGUCAAUGAUCAUUACAUUUUGGUAAAGAUUCCUGCAUCCCAAAUGGAACAUGUUGCCACUAUGGAGCCGAUUGCCGAAGAAGAUGGCAGUACGAGUGUUAAUUCUGCGCAUCGAAAAGGUUUCUUGCGUUAUUUUCCUUGUCAAAGAAGCCGACGCGUAAUACCCUUGGCAACUGUGAGUAAGCUGAAAAUGGAGGAAACAGCGAACGCGAACGCUGGCAAAACUCAUUCGAUGCUAAAGUGUCCAUUGGCACAUUGUUGGCGGGUAAAUGAGACGCCCGAGGUGUUUGACACACGCACAAAAAUUUUAGGAGUAUUUUGGAAACAGAAAGCGCCCGGAAAAGUCAUAACAAUACAACCAAGUAAAAGUAAAACAGCGGAACCAUUGGAUCUGCGCAACAAGACCGCACCGUUAUACGAGAAUGGCUCGUCGAUUCUAGAGUAUGACAACAAAGUUGAUAAAGGAGCUUUUGGUAGUCCUUUGAAUACGCCCACAAAAGUGGCGCCAACACUACCUAUGUUCGGUGGUGCUUUGCAGACUUCUCUACACGAUGCAGUCACAUUGGAACAACACACAGCCUGGGUAAAUAAUGAUGAGCUGGGAAUGAAGCAAGUUUUUAGGAAGGACAACACCAAAUCAUCAGUGGAAAGUAAGACAACAAAUCGGCGCUCAAACGUAUUUCGUUGGUUCUUCAAGCGUACGAAAGCGCCAAAGCCCAAAAACAAAAUUCACGCUGUCGUUUAUAAAACAUAUUUCGUGCGUUGGAAAAAACCACCCGAUGAGAAGUGUCCACAUUGCGGACAUUCAAGAAAUGACGAAGUGUCUGCAGCUGCAACAUGCAAAUGGAAGCGUUGCCGUUCCGCCACGUUUUAGUUGUUCUCCAAGACGCAAUGCAUUGUGAUAAAGAGUUAAGCAAGACAGGCUGUGAAUAUUUGUAAGUGUAGGAUAUGAAUAAGCAUAAUUCAUAAAUUGUAGCAAUAAUAAAAAAAUAGAAAUUUUAGCAAUAGGUUACAACAAAAAAUUAUUUUCAUAUUAAGCUUAGAGACGUAUUGACGAGAUGCGAAUAACUCUUAGUUUUAUCGAGCAAACCCCACGAGCGGACCAUUCUCGCGACCCUAGGUUCUAAGGUAACCAAAUUUUACUCGGAUUUUCAAACAGCUAAGAGUUGUCAGCAAGCGACAGCAAUCGCUAAAAGUAUUUGGUAAAUGGUUUACGUCGCUAUUAGAGUAGCGGAUAGAGCAAAGUGUGAACAAAUUUUCUAAACAAAUCUAAUUAAUAUGAUUCGACUGAGUGGAAACUAAUUAAAGUUUAAAAUAAAUC